GAAACUCCGUAGAAAGUUUGUCAUCGACGUCAAUAAACUACUCAUACAUCCGAAAUUCCCAACCGUAAUACUUAUAGGCAUAUAGGCGAUCGUCGAAAUGGGGCGCGCUACAAGCGAAAGGGGGGAUUUCCGCAUCGACGCCGACACAGAGCCAUCAGCACCGCAUUCGCGAGUAUAAAAACAGCCAUCAGUGCGAGAACGUUGCUGCUCUUGUAAUCAACGGCCGCCGCGCAGCAUCUCUUUCUUGUUCCCCGCCGAAAGAGCUGAGACGCGUGUGCGCAAAUUUUCCGACGCUGCCGCGACACGGCAGAGUAUACACGUAUAUAUAGGUAUAUACAACUUCGCAGUUCACGAAAGCCGAGCCGGCUGCGUCCGACGUGGUGCGCGAUAUAAUCCAUAUAGACCACCUCGCAAUUCGCAUCCCUCUCACGCAAGCGCCGUGUGUAUAUGUACACAUGAUCGGAGGUGCAACGCGUUUUCGCAGCGGCGCCGCGAAGCAGUAGUAGAGCUGCGUCGCCGCAGCAAAGACGACGGUGGCCGCAGCCAGGAGGGGGAGGAGGUGGAGGAGGCAACCGAGAGGACUCUGCCUGCAGCCGCGAGGAACGUCCUCGUGCCACCGCCACCGCUGCCACCGACGACGAGGAGGAUCAUGUCGGGCAGCGACAGCCCAACCUUCUUCCACGGCCAGCCUUGGUCCAGCUGGAUCGAGAAGAUCGGCCGCGACAAACCUCUGAGCGAUGAGGAACCUGAUGCAGAACCUGCUAGUUCAGUCAUGCGUCUCUCAGUGGACGACAUUGACCUUUAUGGAUUUUGCCCAGAAAGGGAUACAUUCUAUGGAGUUGUAUGCGAAAUAUGCAACUCCAUUAUCAAACCACAAGCUUUUACACAACACAUGGAAAGUCGUCAUCCUUCCGGGAGCACGAAUCUUCCGCCGCCCCCGAACUCGGCGACUAAAUCCGCGAUGAAGACACCCUACUGCAAGCUCUCAAAACUGAAGAAAAGCCAGUCCUCUGGUCAGUUACCCGUGGGCAACAACAGCGGCGGUGCCGCCACGACGAACAACAGCAGCGGAAAAACCAGCAAUAACCACACGCCAGUCAAGCAACGCGCGGCCGCAGAACAACAGUCGGCCGGGCUGCACUCGGGCCUCUCAAACUCCUCGCCCCGUUCCCCCCACGAGUCCGCCGCCCCCGGGGGCCUGGGCUGCGUUCAAUCCACCGGUGGCUUGGCGAACGCGCUCGGCGGCGGCGGCGGAGCCUCGGGCGGCAGCCCUGUCAAAAGCCCCGGGAGUCAGCAGCCCAAGCGCAAAAGACUCAAAGCUGAGCGCUCCCUCCUCAAAGACCGGGAAUACGACCCGGACCGGCACUGCGGUGUCUGGAACGAAGAGACGGGCAAGCCCUGUACGCGCUCUCUCACCUGCAAGGCUCACACGGUCUCGCUGCGGCGCACCGUCGCCGGCCGCAGUAAGACCUUCGACAAGCUGCUCGCAGAGCACCGCGCCUCCAAGGAGUUACCGAGCACGCGGCCGUCGGUCAAGGUAACGCCCGCCACAGCCACCGCCGCAGGGUCAACAAUCACCGGCACCAUCAGCAUCGCCACGGCUGAUCUCGCUGCCACCACCGGCAGCACAUCAGCCAACACUUCAGCGACAACUAUCUCUGCCGCCAGCGUCGACCUCGAGGCGCCCAGCUCGCCCCCGGUGCUCUCGUUGCCCGACACUUACCCACUGCCACAGGCUGUUGAUUUGCUUUAUCGAUGUCUGGCCCCGCAUGGCUCCAAUAAACCUACGAAACUGGAAGAGGACUUUGCCAACGAGUUGGAGUCUAAUAGAAGAAUCGAGCCGUCAGUGGUGAACAGUAGCAGCGCGAGCAAUAGUGCCGCCAACUCCCAGGGCACCAACAGUAACACCGCGAGCAGCAGUGGUACCGCGCCGAUGGCACCGCUCUCCGUGGCUCUUCCCUCGCUUUCGCCCAUACAAACGGACGGCAUGUCACCUCAGGCCUCGAUCCUACAAUACAAUCGAAACGUCAGCUCGCCUAUUGCCAGCGUUGAACAAAUCAUUGGCAAACAGUCGCCAGCCUCGGCUCCAGUAGUUCCUGCUGUACUGCCAGUUAGCAAUCAGCCGGCUUCUUCAACUACCACGGGCCUCGAGGCUAAGUCUGUGUCAAUGGACAUCGAUACAAGUCAGAACAUUACCAUGUAUACUUCACCGGUCUACAAAGACAGUGGCAAGCCUCAGGUCACUGUCCAGAUCUCCCGUUCGAACGCGAUGCCGAGCCAGUCCCCGGGCUCUCGAGUCUAUUCUAGCCUUUUCGACUCAAGCUUAGACCAUCAUAACUCGACUGAGGUUUCACGUACGACCAGUCACGUGAUGACAAAUGGCAAGCGCAUCAGCAACCAUCUCGCAACUAUGCAGAGCCAAAUCGGCAGAGCGAAACACGAGUUUCCGCAAGAAUACUCGACCGCUAUACAGCUCGAGGCGACGACCGCCGCAACGCCUUACACGAGUUUCAACGACAUAUCCUGGUCUACCUGUCAUCCAGAACCAUUGGCUGUAAGUAGAUGGCUCCGCAUCAAUUCCAGCCGUAAGCAAUACAAUUUCAAUAUUCACUGACAUAACGCUCUGCCCACUCCAGGCUGAAGACACUGUGUGCCACGUUUUAUACCCGGGAAAACAAAGUUGUUCGUAACUGUAUUUGAUUAUAUAUGAUGUGACAUGCUAUGUUUAAAUUUGGUGAACUAUUUUUUUAGUUCUUUUAUUUCACAUAUAUAAUCAUACAUAACUAUUUUCUCGGGCAUUUACCUACCUCUUAUUUAAUUUAUUAUAACGAUUCUACGUCUACAGCCUGUCGAGAAGGGAAUAAAUAACCUAGAGAAAGUCCGCUAUACCUAUAUGUAUAAAUAUAAAUCUGUGAAUAUAUAACAACGCUAAUUGCAAAGAUUUGUCAACAAAAAAUUGGCGCUUAUCGUGCAGACCUUUGAUGCGAAGAAAAUUGAAAAAAAAACUAAGGAAAAGGUACGAUAGAGGCGCCAAACCUGAUACCUGAGAUUCUUUAAUUCUCCAAAGUGUCCAAUACUUAAUUAGGUAGAACGUAAAAUAUUUAUUUUUUUAUAAUUUCUUCAUGUAGAAAAUUUUAUAAGUUUUUUUAUGACCGCAAAAAAUAUGAAUUUAUGAACAAUACACGGAAAAAUAUUGAACAUGUAUGUUCAAGAACUGAAGUGUUAAGUCUGAACACAACAUACCGUGCUGCAUAGUUCAUUUUGAAUUGGCUAAAAGGUUUGAUAUCACCCAAAAUAAAAGAAAGUUCUAACUAGAAAUACAUAUUUAAAUCAUUAUUAGCCUUCAGGCUGAUCUCAUAUUUGCAAGUGGAAUGAUGCAUUUAGUCGUUGAGUUUACAUAUUUAUCAAAUUGUAUAUAUAAUUUUUGAUGAUGUAAAAAACUGAUUUUUUUGGUAGUCAUAUCAUUGUAUCAAAUAUUCUUGAACGCCUUUUUAUUUUUUACCAGUUUACUGAUUGUUAACUUGCGUUUUUUCACACUAAUGAUCUGUAUUAUUUAAUUUGAUUGAUUACGUUUUUGUGAACGUAUAAAUGUAUUUAACUUCACUUUUAUUCUUAAUAUCUUUCAUAUUAUUAUUUAAUGAGAUGCUACUUUAUUGAUAGAAAUAGAUAAAAUAUUAAUGAGUGAAAGUAUAAACUUUUAAAAUUGGAAACACGAAAUAACCAAACUCUAGCAAGUAACACAUUAUCCAAAAAAGGUUUGGUUAUUUAAUCUUUCCAGUUUCGUGUUGCAAAUAAUAAAAGUUCGCAUUUUGUAAAAUAAUAAUUAUAAACUAUACCUUGCAUAAUCUUACACUGUAAGUAACUUCAACGGAUAGAGUGACGAUUUAAAAAUGAAAAGUAAGGGUUUUACAUCUGAUAUACUUAACUCGUCUUUUACUCUAUUAAAGCCACCCAAAAUAAGUAUUUAACUUCUGACUAAAUUUCAAAAUAAAAAUGCAUUAUUUAAGCAAACUAAUCAGCUUUGCUCCUAUUAAUGGUUAUAAAACAUUUAUUAUUGAAGAACGUGUAUAUGUUUCAUCGCAAGCAUCAAAAUUGUUAAAAAAUUCCCAAAAGUAUUAAAAGAAAAAAAAGUUAUACAAAAAUUUGCUAGCAUAAAUCACAUAUAACAUAAACUAUAAAGAAAAACAAGUGAAAAAAAUAUUAAAAAAACUGAAACCAAAAAAAGAUUAUGGUCCAGCUAAGCAACUUUCUAAGACAUACACAUUAUGUGUAAAAAGUAAUGGAAAAGCAGUGUGAUCGGCAUGAAUACGUUUUAAACGGUAAAAGUUUUAAUUUGUAAUAAAACGUAAGAUCUUGUAAACUACUAACCAUCAUGAGCGUUUUAAUUACAAUGAAAGAUGAUAAUUUUGUAAUGCAGUGAUAGCAGUAACAAAGUCGAUGUAAAUUCCACGGUUAUAUACAAAUUAUGUAAAUAUUAGUAAGCGCAAUCCCAUUACAUUUUUCACAAACCGUGUAUGCAUUAGCACAUGUUUACGACAAUAUCGACAGUUUAAGGAACCUAAUCAUCUACACGCGUUUGUGUAUCAAUAACUAAUCAUGUAAUCACAAAUAAUCUGUUCCUUAUUAAGAAAAAUACAAACGCAACAUUAAGAAUGA